GGGGAGGGGGCGGCGGGGAGGAGGAGGGGAGCAGCGGGGAGGGGGAGAAGGCAGCAGCGGAGACUGCUGCUGCUGCUGCUGCUGCUGCUGCAGCAGCAGCAGCAGGGAGUGCAGGCAGCGAGUGCAAGAGACUCGCAGCGCAGGAACAAGCCGCCGACGUCUUCGGAGGAGCCUGCGGCAGCAGCAACAGCUGCAGCGGGAACUGCAGCGGGAGCUGCAGCGGGAGCUGCAGCGGGAGCUGCAGCAGCAGCUGCAGCAGCAGCUGCUGCAGCUGCAGCAGCAAGGGAGACGGAGAUGUCAUGACGCGAGCCACAACAGCAACAGCAGACUUGGCAGCAGAAAGGCCCCUUCUGGGCACUGAAGGCGCCCCCAGUGCAUUCGCCGAAGAGCCAGAAACAGCAGCAGCAGCAGCAGCAGCAGCAGCAGCAGCAGAGGAUCCACCCCCAGCAGCAGCAGCAGCAGCAGCAGCAGCAGCAGCGGGGACGCUGCCGCUUGGUGCUGCAGUUCAGGAGGAGGAGAGUUUGAGGGGACCCAGCGCGGAGCUGAGUGCGAAUUUAAAUCAGCAGCAGCUUGGGGCUGCUGCGGCAGUGAGGGAAGCCGCCAGCUGUCGCUGUCUCCUCUGGUGCAAAGCAGCUGCUGCAGCUUGCUGUGUCCGCUCUGUGACUGCGGGGCCGCUGCUGGCAGCUUCUACCCGCGCUGCUGCAGCAGCAGCAGCGGGUGCUGCAGCAGCAGCAGCGGGUGCUGCAGCAGCAGCAGCGGGUGCUGCAGCAGCGGCGGCUGCUGCAGCAGCAGCAGCAUGA